AAGCUUUGCCAACUGGCCUCCUCGCGACCAAAUACCCAACUACCCUAUUGCUAGGAAGACCCAAGAAUUAUCGCGGUUCAGUAGAUAUGUUUAGGCACUUGGAGGUGAUUAAAGGAUGAUGUAAGCUUGAAACAACAUGAGAGCGGCAGUUCACUGAUACAGUCUCAUUUAGGCAAUCAAUCAGGGUUUCCAAAGGAAGCUCACCAUUUUGUUGGAUGCUCACAUUACCGACGUCUGACUUGUAUGAAUUUGGGUAGCGCUUCUAGGUGAGUCCAGUGCUUGAAUUGGAUAGUUGGGCAGUUUAAGAGUGUAGAGCAAGCAAUCAUCAAGUGGCGUUGAGCUCUAGUGGUUCAUCGCAAGGGGUUUAGCAAUUGUUGAGGACUGUUAGUAAUUGAUAUGGGUAUCGUAGUGCGUGAGAGAGCAGCUCACGAGUCUGCUUUGAUGGAUCACAAGCAGGGGUUGUCUGAGAUGAUCCUCUGUGGAAAGAUCCAACCGGAGCCCCUAAUCCGCAGCGGUUGGGGGAAAUGUCGUGAUUCGAAGUCUGGACCGCUUUACUUCAAAGACUGGAACUGCGCCACGCAGACCAACAGAGAUCCUCGACAAUCAGACCAGAUUGAUAUAAUAUCCCUCCGCGGCCUUACUUCUUUUCUAACCUCAUCAUCAAACGAAGGCGAUUCAUUCUCAAAAUUGAACCGCGAGAAUAUUAGUUCCAUGAGUAAAGACAAGGACCACUCUUUGGAAUUGACACUAAAUCUGCCCGGAACGACCCUGUUUAAGCCCACAACGGCCUUCAAUCAAGCUGAAAGCAUGUACACGAUUGAGAAGGUUCGAAGUGCCCUCGAUAGGACGCAGUGGUUGAAUUACACUUCUGAAAUCUCUAGGAAGAGGACCUUUGAAUCUAGACAAGAACUCAUCGUUAAAAACCUCAUAGAGCUUUUGUCUUUAUCACCUUUUUCACCAUCUUCAUCUAGAGAUUCUACUUUGACUGGCCAGCUCCAGUCUGACUCAUCCUCCAAAUCAUCGAUUUCAUCACCAUCCAUUUCGCGACGGAGCUCUAGUUCGGAAUCGCACUUUACGUCCCCCUUUGUUAUAGAUUCUCAAGACGAUGAUGAAGACGUUCACCAGCCCAAUGCUUCUCGCGAGUCGGGCGACAACAACCUUCAAGUUUAUUUACUAGAUAGGCUAAACCUAUGCGUUGAAGCUGGGAUAUUGAAAACGAUGGUGGCAGCAGGAUGCAGGAGCUGCCUGAUGUACGUGAUGCUUUCGAACUCCCAUCCCUGCUGUCCAAGAUGUGGCAAUGCGGACGCGACACUCCUUGAGGUUCCAGGCCCCCAAUUCAAGAAGCAACGCACGACGACGUUCGACUAUAUCAGUCUUAGAUGGAGUUGAUGCACCGCUUGAAACCCCGCCAUUGAAUCUCAACGCUAGCUUCCUUAUAAAGACUCAUCUAUCAGCACACUGUCUUCUUUGAGCUGCUUACUCUGAGCCUGUUUGAGAUCAUCUUUCUGCCGAAUGAACUCAUUUUUUCUAUAACACUCAGCGGCACAUGCAGAACGAGAUCGUGACAACUCAUUGAAUAGACCUACAAGUUCCCAAUCUUUCUCUAACGCUAUCAAUUCUACGGUGCGGGAUGAUGACCUGCAGUUCGGGACUUAUAUCAACUGUCGCCUAAAGCAGCUAAACAAGUAAUGAGCCUAGUUAUCAAUCAAUUCUAGUUAUUUCAUCUCACAAGAGAUGUUGUCCGCCGCCAUCUAUUAGGUUCUUCAAUUGUGUAGAUGAGCAGCUAUAUUCACUUACUGAACUGUGUAGUGGUGUGGAUCCUCAAAAAAAUUGCAUCAGUAAUCAGGGGAGACAAAUUAAACAUCCCCAAGAAGCUUGUUCUAGGGACAUUCUUUUUUAUUGGACCUUAAGUGGAGGUAAACCACAUAACUAUCACUCCUAAAGAGUAUGAUAUCAGUUA